GUUCCCUUGGUGUCUGGGGUUUAAGGGCUCCCAUCCCGGUUGACUGAUGCUUGUUUCUACCCCCAAUCUCAUAUCCAAAUCAUUCACAAUGGAGAAAUCACACAGCGCCGGGGAGGCCCCAGACCUCCAAAAGGAGGGCAUCUUCCCUGUCACGAAGCAGGGGACCAAUGGAGUCGACCUGGGGGAGGUCUUGGAGCUUGAACUGGACCCUAAGGAGGCCAGCAGAGUGCGCUGGAAGCUGGAUUUAAUCCUCCUCCCAUUGAUGUGCUUCGCCUACUUCCUGCAGUUUGUCGACAAGUUGAUUCUCAGCCAAGCGACGCUCUUCAACCUGCGUGAAGACUUGAACUUGCAAGGAAACCAGUACUCGUGGACCUCGGCCGUCUUCUACUUUGGCUAUCUCUCGUGGAGCUGGCCUAGCUCGUAUCUCCUCGUCCGACUCCCAAUUGGGAAGUACCUUGGAACUACAAUCUUCCUCUGGGGCGGAAUCCUGAUGUGCCACGCAGCAAGCAAGAACUUCGCCGGCCUCAUGACAGCGAGGUUCUUCCUAGGCGUAGGAGAGGCGGCAGUUGCCCCUGGCUUCUCACUGAUCGUCGGAAUGUUCUAUACAAGAAAGGAGCAGCCUCUACGACAAUCCUUAUGGUACUUCGGAAACUGCCUCGGCGCCCUACUAGGAGGUCUAAUCGGAUACGGCAUCGGACAUAUCAACGCGCCCGGCGUAAACCGGUGGCAACUGCUUUUUCUUAUUCUCGGAGCUAUCACAUCAGCCUUUGGCAUCGUGGUCUUUGCGCUUCUCCCUGACUCCCCCGCGCAUGCGAUCUUUUUGACCAAGGCCGAGCGGACUAUUGCACUGCGUCGCACGCUGGAGAACAAAACCGGUGUUAUGGAUACCAGGGAAUUCCGAUGGGACCAGGCGAGACAAGCAGUCGCGGAUCCACAGACUUGGUUCCUGGUUCUAUUUACCGUUUGUGUGAAUUUCGCCAAUGGCGGUCUUACCAGUUUCCUGGCUAUCCUCAUCAACGGCUUCGGGUUUGGAACGUUCCAGUCUCUCCUCCUGCAGAUGCCUAGCGGUGGUGUCGAGAUUAUUACCCUGAUCAUCACGUCUACGGUAGCUACACUCGUCCGUUCGACUCGUAUUGCCAUGCUGGUGUGCUGCACUGCAGUGUCAGUUGUGGGUAUGGCGAUGGUUUGGAAGAUUGAUCCGGAGGAGAAGGCGGCCAGACUUGUUGGGCUGUCUCUGGGAAUUGCGUAUGCCAUGAAUAUCCCGAUAUCGAUGAGUUUGAUGUCGUCGAAUGUCGCCAGUUUCACGAAGCGGAGUGUUGUCAGUGCCAUGAUCUUUAUGGCGUACUGUGUGGGUAAUAUUGUUGGUCCACAGUUCUUUAUUGAGUCUGAGGCGCCAUCCUACCCGACUGGGAUAAAGGCUUCCAUGUCUGGUCUGGUACUGGGUAUUUUCUGGCUAGGGUGCCUGUUUGCGUAUUACGCUUGGGAAAAUAAACGCCGCGACAGAGUGCAUGGUCGUCCGUCGGAUAUUUCUACCGUCGAUGAAAUGCAGGAUGAGCUGUCGAAUAAGACAGACAGGGAGAUUCCGAGUUUCCGAUAUGUCCUGUAAGAGGUCGCUGGGACCCUACCUCAGUACACAUCUAGUAUGAGACAUGACCAUCAACACGAUCUAUCCAG